AUGGGGACUUAGCGCCACGGCGGCGGCAGUGGCCGCAGCGCAACCGGCCGCCGCCCCGGGGCCCGUCCCCCCGGGGGCGCCCAGCCCGCCCCGGAGCCAGGCCCGCGGGCGGCGGCGGCGGCGGAGCUGGGCAGGUGGAUGCGGCUGGAAGAUGGCGCCCUCGGGCCCGGGCAGCGUGAGGCGGCGGUGCCGGCGGGUGCUGUACUGGAUCCCGGUGGUGUUCAUCACCCUCCUGCUCGGCUGGUCCUACUACGCCUACGCCAUCCAGCUGUGCAUCGUGUCCAUGGAAGACAUUGGAGAACAAGUUGUGUGCCUGAUCGCUUAUCAUCUACUUUUUGCAAUGUUUGUGUGGUCCUAUUGGAAAACUAUCUUUACAUUACCAAUGAAUCCUUCAAAAGAAUUCCAUCUCUCUUAUGCAGAGAAAGAAUUGUUGGAGCGAGAGCCAAGAGGAGAAGCCCAUCAGGAAGUUCUUAGGCGAGCAGCCAAAGAUCUUCCCAUCUAUACCAGGACCAUGUCUGGAGCAAUCCGAUAUUGUGACAGAUGCCAACUUAUAAAGCCAGAUCGCUGCCAUCACUGUUCCGUCUGUGAUAAAUGUAUUUUGAAGAUGGAUCAUCAUUGCCCAUGGGUGAACAAUUGUGUUGGAUUUUCAAACUAUAAAUUUUUCCUCCUUUUCUUGGCUUAUUCCCUGCUGUACUGCCUUUUUAUUGCUGCUACAGAUUUACAGUAUUUUAUCAAAUUUUGGACAAAUGGCCUACCUGAUACUCAAGCCAAGUUCCAUAUUAUGUUUUUAUUCUUUGCUGCAGCUAUGUUUUCUGUCAGCUUGUCUUCUCUGUUUGGCUAUCAUUGUUGGCUAGUCAGCAAAAAUAAAUCUACAUUAGAGGCAUUUAGAAGUCCAGUGUUUCGACAUGGCACAGAUAAGAAUGGCUUCAGCUUGGGUUUCAGUAAAAACAUGCGACAAGUCUUUGGUGAUGAGGAGAAGUACUGGUUACUACCCAUUUUUUCAAGUCUAGGUGAUGGCUGCUCCUUUCCAACUUGCCUUGUUAACCAGGAUCCUGAACAACCAUCUACUCCUGCAGGAUUGAACUCAACAUCUAAGAAUCCUGAAAACCAUCAGUUUCCUGCAAAGCCACUGAGAGAGUCCCAGAGCCACCUUCUUACUGAUUCUCAGUCUUGGACAGAGGGCAGCACAAACCUAGGAAAAGACAAAGCUGGUAUGAGCAAUCCUGCAUUAACCAUGGAGAAUGAGACUUAGCUCUUCAAACAAAAUAAAUUCAUACUUUAUGAAAGUAUCAAUACUGUAGAUGGAUGGAAGAGGCUUCCCACAGGAAGGCACCACUGGCCAGCUGUUCCAUUUCCCUUUGGCUGGAUAUGCAGACUAUGAAUUGAUUAGUUCUUUCCAAGCCGUUGCUUAAAACAUAACAUUUUUAAUCCAGGAUAGAUUGUUUCAACUAACACAAAUUCCUGUUAAAUAUUAAGUUAUGGUUUAUGAAUCAAGGGCAAAAAUAUCUUCUAUCAUAACAACUGGGAAUAAACUCAUGGGCCAGUUUCCACCCAAAUGUUUGGGUAGCACAAUUUAUCACAUAAAAAGCCCAUUAAUCAUCUGAUUUUCCAACUCAGAAAAUUGACACUAUUAAGAUACUGACAUUUAAGAGAUUUCAAGUCACAUUAUGAUGAUAAGAAGCUUUGUUUGUAAAACCUAUUGCCUACGAGAAGGUGGAGGUAGCAAAUGAGACUUGUUUAUUCUGAUGUGAAUUCAGCCUCAGACUGAGUGAAUUGUACAAUGAAUUCAUUACAGAUUUCAAAUGGCCUACAGUUGAAGAUCACCAUCCAUUUUUUGCCUGACUUUAAUCUAAUUCUAGCUUUUGUUCCUUGCUGGAAAAGAAGUAUGAUCAUUGAGGCUUGAGCUCAACUGGCUAGAAAAUUUAUGUCAGAACUAAUAGAUUCCUAUUACAUCAGAAAUAUAUUUUUCAUCUCUUCUAAUCAUCUGAAAAUUAGGGGAAAAUCUGUAACAACAAUUAUGAAGAUUGGUCUAUGAUAUUCUUUUGCUGGUUUAGCUUUUUAAAAAUCUCUUUUUACGUUAUUUCUCCUAUUGAACAUAGCAAAAAUAUUGAAUUUCUGUUAAGAAUUCCUGAUGGGCCAAUAGAUUAAUCCUCCAUUGAUAUCUAUAUUCUUUGUCUUCUCAUCAACAGUAUGACAGUUAAACUAUAUAGGUCCUCGAAUACCUAUUAAGAUUAAAUUAUGCAAAUCAUCAAACAAAAAUCAUAUACUCUUGGAAAUUUAGUUCAACCUGAACUAAAAGGUGUGCUGUUUGGAAAUUGAGUUUAAGAUAAACUAAAAUGGUGUGUUUGUUGAUGCCAAAACGUUCGGCUUCAGUAAAUAUACUAAGAAGCUCUUGUGCCUUGUAUGCACUAUUUAAAAAAAAGUUUUAUUUUAUUCUUUUUUAAUUUGAUGGAGUGUAAGUUUUGUAAAUGUUAGUGAUUAGAAUAAGCUGUAUACAUUUUUUGGGUACUGAUUUUGAGAAUUUAAAGUAGAUCACCUUUUAAAUCUACACAGUUAAGGAACUAGUAUUUAAUUAAAGAGAAGAUGGUGUUAAACUUUUCAAAAUCCGAGUUAGACAAAAAUUCAACACAAGAUAAACUAGAAGACCAGAGGAUAAUGGAGUAAAAGAUCCUUGCAAUUACUCAUCCUUGCUAAAAAUACAAAGAGUUUUAUAUUAAAUGAGUUUAUGGAAGAACGAAUGUCAGCCCAGUCCAUUUUAUAGAUGUUUGAGUGAGGUUAUUUGGACAACAGGAUGGCAGUCUUUUUCAGAUUUUUUUUUAAAGCUAAAGAUUUUGAUCUGACAAUCUGCUUCGUGCAAGCUCAGAAGAUAUGAUACAUUUUUACUUUUGUUUUAACUUAAAGCACUUUUUGGUCAUCAUAUUUCAUUACCUGAAGUGCCAGGUUGGAACCUAUAGCUGUUGCUCUAAGUCUUAAGGGCAACAGCAUCACGUGAUGUAUUAAGAAUUAUAUGCAGCAAGAGUUUUUUCAAAGCACAUUACUACAGCUCUUUUUACAGACGGGAUUCUGUUAGGUGUUCCCUCAUGUCAAACUAGAAGCUAGGGAAAAAAGAGAGAUUUCUGUUCUUUACCUUGCUAGAGUACUGUUAAUUUUUCCCCCUUUAGGUCUUUCAUGUAUUUAUUGAAAUACGUAGUCAAUACACAUUAGAAUCAGAUUUGAAAGCAUUUUUAAAAAUAAAAUUUUUUUCAUUAA